AUGGGUGAGCGGGGAGAAGGCCAGGGGCGGUGCGGCGGUGGGAGCGGCGCAGCUGGAGGCGCGGCCGGGUGGGCGAGCACGCGUAGCGGGAUGCAGGGGCAGCGCAGAGGCGUGCGGCUGCGGGUGUGCGUGCGCAUGCAGUGGUGCAGCCGGGCGCGAGAGCGGCUGCGGAGCGCGGUGGUCGGGCAGCGCGUGGACGAGGGCGCGUGCGGGAACGGCGGGCGCGGGGCAGCGCAAGGACGACGCCGGAGCGGGGCGAGGUCAGUGCGCGGCAGCAGCAAGAGCUGGCCACGGCGGGCGACCACGGUAGUGGCCGGGGUGCAUGCGCGCGGCGGCGAGGCGAGCGGCGGCAACACGGUGGCACAAAGUAUCAUGAGCCUUCUGUACUUCUUUUUCCCGUCAAGUGUUGACAAGCUUAAUCUAGAGACUGGACUUGUAUAUGGAGAAGCUCAUGUGCUGCUGGAGUCUGAUAACGAUGAAAAUGUAAUUAUGACCAUUUUUGGAGAAAGCAAAACCAAACAUGGUAACCUGCACGGGUUUGGUGCUGAGCAAGUCAUACUGGUUCAUGAUGAUGCUUCCAAAAAACAAAUUAUUGAUCAUGUUGGUAAACAAGCUCUUGUUUUGACCAUUGUUGAAUGUAAGGGCCUUGAGUUUCAGGAUGUGCUAUUGUACAACUUUUUUGGUUCGUCGCCUUUAAGAAACAAAUGGAGAGUUCUCUAUGGCUACAUGAAAGAUAAAGAUAUUAUAUCACACUCUAAGGAGAUCUCUCAUCCGAGUUUCGACAGAAGCAAGCAUUAUCUUCUCUGUUCAGACCUGAAGCAACUAUAUGUUGCAAUCACACGCACUAGGCAAAGACUCUGGAUAUGUGAAAAUACGGAGGAUUACUAUCGACCAAUGUUUGACUACUGGAAGAAGUUGUGUCUAGUAGAAGUUAGAUUACUAGAUUCUUCCCUCAUUCAAGCAAUGCAGACGGGGAGCAGCAGUGAUGAUUGGAUGCUAUGGGGAACCAAGGUUGGUGAUCUUACUUAUUUAGUCUGGAAGGCCAAUUUUAAUUUACCAUGCUAUGCAUUAUGUUGCCUAUUGAGUAAUUUCUGUGUGUUCUUAGUCUUGUGA